AUGAAAUCUAAUAAAAAGCAAAAAAUUGUAAAAAGUCAAAAAAGAUCAAAUACUGAAUAUUCUCAAUCUUUGGAACUCACUGAGUAUUCAAACAAUGAAAGUACUGAAACUAUAUCUGAUAAUGAAGAAAGUAAAUCAGAUACUAGUGAAAAUUUAUCUCAAAAUUCUAAAUCUAUUCCAGACGGAUAUAGAUCCUUAUCAAAAGCAAGUGCAAGCAAGUUAGGCAGUCAAGUUUGGAAUUACUUUCAACCUUUAGAGCAUAUUGCAACUGGAAAUCGUGUUGAAUGGUAUCCAUUAGAGAAUGCAAUAAAAGAAUUAGUAAUUAUUCUUUGUCCAUUUGCUGAAGCAUCAACUUAUUUAGGUGCUAGCAAAUCAUCAAUGAUUGGAUUUAUUAAUCCUACCUUAUCAUAUAUCAAGCAAGAUUUGUAUAAUGAAAAUUCUCUAUUAUAUAAUUCACCAAACUUAGAAGACUUGAAUACGGCUUUUGAUGAUGAAAUCAAUGAAGAGAAUAACAAUAAACUAAAUAUUAAUAUUCCACAAGAUUGUGAUAAUUUGGGAAAAAAAGUACAAGCUACAUUAUACAAAACUCUUGAAACAUACUGGAAUUCUCCAGUUAACGAUGAUUUAUUACCUACAUUGUUAGACCCACAUCACAAACAACUCAAAUUCGCAGAUUCUUUAGAUCGCAAAUAUGUUGAGAAUACUUUAAGAUAUAAAGAAUUAUCUGCCAAAUCUCUUAAAAAAAAAUUUAUUUCUACAUCUCAAAAUGAUAAUAACAAUGAAGUUGAAAAUUACCUUCAGCUCAGUGAAAUUGAUACAGAAUCAGAUGUUUCUAUUCAAGCAAUAUUGACACCAAGUGAAUGUCUAUUUUCUAAUGCUGGAAUUGUAAUGAGUACCCAUCGAGUAAAUUUAAAUCCAUUAUUGUUUGAAUGCAUGUUAUUCUUAAAAAGAAACUCAACUUAUUUGGGAAAUUUUUGGCCAACAAAUGAGUAA